AUGUGGCUCACACCCCAGAUCCAGACACCAGGUCCAGACCCCAGAUAUAGACACCAGGUCCAGACCCCAGAUCCAGACACCAGAUCCAGACACCAGGUCCAGACCCCAGAUAUAGACACCAGGUCCAGAUCCCAGAUCCAGACACCAGGUCCAGAUCCCAGAUCCAGACACCAGGUCCAGAUCCAGACACCAGGUCCAGAUCCCAGAUCCAGACACCAGGUCCAGAUCCCAGAUCCAGACACCAGGUCCAGAUCCCAGAUCCAGACACCAGGUCCAGACACCAGACCCCAGGUCCCAGGUCCAGACCCCAGACACCAGGUCCAGACCCCAGAUCCAGACACCAGGUCCAGAACCCAGAUCCCAGACACCAGGUCCAGACACCAGGUCCAGACCCCAGACACCAGGUCCAGACCCCAGACACCAGGUCCAGACCCCAGGUCCAGACCCCAGAUCCAGACACCAGGUCCAGACCCCAGAUCCCAGGUCCAGACCCCAGGUCCAGGUCCAGACCCCAGACCCCAGGUCCAGACCCCAGGUCCAGACCCCAGACACCAGGUCCAGACCCCAGGUACAGACCCCAGAUCCAGACACCAGGUCCAGACCCCAGAUCCCAGGUCCAGACCCCAGGUCCAGACCCCAGACACCAGGUCCAGACCCCAGGUCCAGACCCCAGACACCAGGUCCAGACCCCAGGUCCAGACCCCAGACACCAGGUCCAGACCCCAGAUCCCAGGUCCAGACCCCAGAUCCCAGGUCCAGACCCCAGACACCGGGUCCAGACCCCAGAUCCCAGGUCCAGACACCAGGUCCAGACACCAGACCCCAGGUCCAGACACCAGACCCCAGAUCCAGGGCCCAGGCCCAGACAGCAGACCCCAGGUCCAGACCCCAGAUCCCAGGUCCAGACCCCAGAUCCAGACCCCAGGUCCAGACCCCAGAUCCCAGGUCCAGACCCCAGAUCCCAGGUUCAGACCCCAGAUCCCAGGUCCAGAUCCCAGGUCCAGACCCCAGAUCCCAGGUCCAGACCCCAGAUAG